AUGUAUCGAAACUUGAAUAGAUUGGUGGCUUAUGUGAUAGCGUUGCAAGUGCUAUACUUUGGAAAUUGCACCAUACAGACUCACAUAUUAAAGAGCUUGGAAUCACCAAAUGAGCAACUUGCCAAAUACCUCGAAUCAAUACUUCAAGAGAUGGAGCAGGAGAAACCAUUUGAGGCAAUUCUAUUGUGGACAACACAACAUCAUCAUAUGGAAUCCAUUGCUAGAGAACAACUUGAGGAUAUCUUCUUACAUUACAAAAGUAGUUCUAUGCCUAAAGUCAUAAUGACAAACAACUCUUUAUGGCAUUAUAGGAGUCAUUACAAUGCGGAAAUACUCACAGUUAUAAUGAUGAUGAGCGACAACAACUCAACGGCUAGAGAUUCAAGGCUGACAGCCGCAGCCAAGACCUUGGAUAAUAUGAGGCAAAGCAGAGUUUUCAUAUUAGCCUCUAAUACCACGGAAACAGAAAAUGUUAAGCAGCAACUUUUGCAUUUAUUGGAGCUGCAUAAAAUGACCAGUGUUGUCAUGAGUUUCCAGACUUUAGAUCACUAUUAUAUUUUACAACCCUAUCCUCAAUACCAUUGGCAGUUGAUGGCUUUCCAACGCCAUUCAAUGGAAAAUAUAUUCUUUCCUCCCCAUUGGCGUAAUAUGAGCAAUAAGACCCUACUUAGCUAUCCUGAUCAGUUCCCCCCCAACACCAUAGCCUUCAGGAAUGAUCAAGGACAAAUACAUCUCAGUGGUUAUAUAGCUCAUCUGAUUAUGCUAUUCGCUGAUCACUACAACUGCCAUUUGCAGAUGUAUCAACCCUUGGAAGUGGGUAAAGUAGUGCAUUUCAAAGUUAUGGCCCAAAUGGUUGAAGAAGGUCUCAUCGAGAUACCCAUGUCCAUAAAUGGAGGUAAAAUUGUCACCUGGCUUGAUAUGUCCGAUGUCGUAGAGGUAAAUGAAGUCAUGCUGAUGGUACCGCUAUCAUCACAGAUGUCUAUAGAAGAGGUGUUUGCCCUGCUGCUGAAUGGUUACUUUUUCGCCAUCAUCACCGUUUGUUCUUUGAUAUUAUCUGUCAUUUACACAGUCAUCGAUUAUCUGUUUAAGGGAAUUUGGCAUUUCGUGGAUUUCAUUAUCAACUGCCAUGUGCUGCCGGGCAUUUUGGGUCAGACUUUUGUUAGCCCUUCUCUAGGCCUCAAUCAUUUACAGGGAUUAAAAAUAUUUCAUUUCUUUAUAGGCCUGGUGGGCCUCUAUAUCUCUACACAAUUUUCGGCCGAAGUUAAAAGUCUCUUUGCCUCACCUCCCUAUCAACCUCAAAUUAACAACUUAAGCGAUCUUCAAUAUGCCAAGGUAAAUAUUCUACUGGAAUCUUCAGAUGCCAAGCUUAUGAAUUCAUGGGUGCAAAGGAAUGCGAAAAUUGUGACCAUUACUCCAAAUGUAACACAGUUUCUAAUGUUGAGACAAAAUCUGAAUACCUCCUUUGGCUAUGUCAUACAAACAGGCAUUUGGAAUAUCUAUAAUCAGAGGCAACAGUAUUUUCGACGAAAGGUUUUUCAUACACCCCCUGCAAUGAUGCUCAAUGAUAUGAUGUUAUGGGGUAUAGAGUUACAGCAUAACUCACCUUACAGAGAGCCCCUGAAUCGUCUCAUUCAUAUAGCCCAAGAUACGGGGUUGAUCCUUGCAUGGCAGGCCUUUACCUACAGGGAUAUGGUAAAGCUGCAGCUGGUUCCUUUAAAUGAUCCCAGUCCGGAGAGACCUUCCAGGAUACUGAAGGUGAAUGAUUUCUUUUGGCUUUGGGUGCUGGUGGCAUGCGGAUGGAUAAUAAGCUUUCUGACACUAUUAUUGGAGUUGUUUGUAUGCUAUUUUGUAUAA